AACUACCAGUUGGAUGACUAAUUAGUAGCCUAAACUAGGUAGAGCCUAUAUGGUGAUUGGCCAGUGCGCCUCUUGUAACUUAAUACUGUAGUUUUCGAGGACACCUGAGAGACAAAGAAAAAGAAAAUAAAAUCGAGGAAGUUGCUGAGGAGCUGGGAGCGGCAGCGCGCAGGAAGUGCUGUGUAUGGAAGUACAGGAAUAGGGGAGACUUCCUGCUUCUCCAUCCGACCGCCCAGGAGCCUGGCCGGGGUGUCUGACAGCCGCGUCGGAAGCGGUGCGCAGCGCCCGUUAAUCCCGCGCAACACUCCGCUCAGAUCUGCGGCAUUUUCACUACUCUUCAUCUAGCGGCUUUUCCAAGCAGCGUGGAUCGCCAUCGACAUAGAACGGCUGCUGGUGGCGGAGCAGCCUGGUUAAUGUGCCGCCGAUAGGCGAUCAGAGGGGGGAUUUCCCUUGCACGACCCACCAUAGGGGGAAAAGCAUGCCGAGGGGCAGCCUGUGGUAAUAUGGGCAGCCCAGCGCACCGCUGCCGGGAUAUCGAGCGUCAGGCUGGCUACCUGCACCCCGAGCAGUGUGCCCCGCCCCCGCCACGCGCCUCCUCCCAUGCCAUGUGGUUCAUCCGCGACGGCUGCGGCAUCGUCUGUGCCGUCAUCACCUGGAUGCUGGUCUUCUAUGCCGAAUUCGUGGUGCUCUUCGUCAUGCUGCUACCCUCCAGGAACCUGGCCUACAGCCUGCUCAAUGGUGCCCUCUUCAACAGCCUGGCGUUCCUGUCACUGGCCUCCCACUUUAGGGCCAUGUGCACCGACCCGGGCGCCGUGCCGAAGGGGAAUGCCACCAAGGAGUUUAUUGAGAGCCUGCAGCUGAAACCGGGUCAGGUGGUCUACAAGUGUCCCAAAUGCUGCAGUAUCAAGCCAGACCGUGCACAUCACUGCAGCAUCUGCAAGCGAUGCAUACGCAAGAUGGAUCACCACUGCCCCUGGGUCAACAACUGCGUGGGCGAGAACAAUCAGAAGUACUUUGUGCUGUUCACGAUGUACAUUGCCCUGAUAUCCCUGCAUGCCUUGAUCAUGGUGGCCUUCCACUUUCUUUUCUGCUUUGAAGCAGACUGGACCAAGUGCAGUACCUUCUCGCCACCUGUGACCGUCAUCCUGCUCAUCCUUUUGUCUUUCGAGGGGCUGCUUUUCCUAAUUUUUACAUCCGUGAUGUUUGGCACCCAAGUGCAUUCUAUCUGUUCCGACGAAACGGGCAUAGAGCAGCUGAAAAAGGAGGAGAGGAGGUGGGGUAAGAAGACCAAGUGGAUGAAUAUGCGGGUGGUGUUCGGUCACCCCUUCUCCAUAGCCUGGCUCAACCCGCUUGCUACGCCCGACUACGGCAAGGCUGAGGCGUACCAGUACGUGGUGUGAGCUCCGGGCUUCUCUCGGACCGCUACGCCCAGCACACACUGUAAAAAAAGAAAAAACAGACUGUACACUUUCCCCCUUUUUUUUAAACAAAAUUUCAGAGGCUUGGAAUCACUUGUACGUUUGCCGGGACUGAAAGGCCUUUUUCACGUUUACUUUACCCGAUGCUCUUAAAACUAACAAAGACUCUCCCUCUGGUUCACUACAAGGAGCCUCACAGCGUGAUUGUUCAAAUGUUUUUCCUGCAAUUGCGCUAUAUGCUCUGAGGCAAGACAAACACGCUCCGUCAACACAGUUGGGGGGGGGGGGAGGGAUUGGCAUUGUAUUUUUUUUAUAGUUUUAAGAAUGGAAAUGUCAGUGUUCACAGGGCGAGGGAGGGAGGUCCAGCCUGGAGUCGAAGCAUCGCGAGUUCAGGUGGGUUUAAGGGGGCAGCAUUGAUAUGCAAGUAUCUCUGCACGUGACGUUGCUGUUUCAGCCAUGUGGCUGGACUGAAUUGUCCAGUUUUGGAGGACCUUCUAAAUGUCCCUCACAGCAGGCUAGCUUGGGGCCCCUGACAUGUCAUGGUGUGUUUGUUUUAAGUGUAAAACCUGGAGAUUUGGAACUGGAGGGUAUUGCAGUGACAUACCAUGAUGCUAUUAUGUCGAUUAUGUAAUUCGUGAUAGUGUCGUUUUUGGUUUUUUUUUUCUGUAAUAUUUCUGUUUUGAGAAACACAUUUUUGCUCAUUUGGUGCACAGUCUUCUAGUUUUUGGAUUUGCACUGCAGAUUUUAACCAGAAACCAGUGCCGAAUGUGACCAUAGCGCAGCCCUGUGGUCGGCCUGUGGCAGUGGUCUGGUGGGAAGUGGUUCAAGGUGACAGUGCUUUUUCCUGGAGCCCUGUAGGGGGCAGUGUGUUCUGUAGCCAUGGCACGCUGUCAUCUGCGAGUACAACUGCUGGCUUGACUCAUAAAUGCGUGAGUUAUCUUUUGUCUCCUAAGUGUGUAGGAUGUACUUUAUGGAAGGUGGGUUACUUGUCUCCAGAAGUUACAGAUCCUUCCCCUCCCCCCGCCCCCCCCCCCGGCCCCCAUUUUUGCUCAUAAGUGGCCCUUGUUUCCUGGCUGAGUUGUAGCACAGAGCCUGAGGGCUGGUGCCAGAUGGAGAUGAAUAUGGCCCCCUCUCCCCCGGCGCCCCUGGCAGGACUUAGCUGGGCAGCGACUGGGAGAUGAAUUCUGCCGUAUUCAAGGUGAAAGCUGGUCAUGUGACCCAUCUGGAUGAAGGAUGCUGGCUGUGACCCGUCCCCGUUACUGUGUGCUGUAGCUUUCCUCUCUAUAAAACAGACGCUUCUCCUGAGUUGUCAGACUGCUUUCUGCUGGGGGGAGGGGGGGCUCGGGAUGCUAGCUGAAAGGUAACCAGCGGUGUUAUGAGCUAAAACGGUGCCAAAUGUAUUCCUCCGAAAAGGGAGGUGUGCAAAAUUAAAAAUUAAUUUUAGAUUGUACCCUGAAAACCCCCAGUUAACAUGGGUGUUAAAAAGCAUUUGUAAAAAUGUUACUUCACCUCCAAUGACGUGGCUUUGAAUCCUGCCUCUGCACUGUGUGAGGUUGUGUGUGUGUGUGUGUGUGUGUGUGUGUGUGUGAGAGAUGCCCCCCCCCCGUCAUGGCACCCCAUCCAGGAUGGACCCCUGCCUUGUUGCCUGUGGUUCCUGAGACAGCUACCAGGCCCUAUGCACAGUAGAAUGGACAGAUAAAUGUGUGAAUGGAAAUGCACAAAGACCCGAGGAAUGGGGAAUUUUCCCUUUAAAGAUCUUUGUUCAAGGGAUAUGAAAGAAGUCCUUCAGUGUUUGUAGCAUGAGAUGGGGGAGAGCGGGGGGGGAACAUCAAUGCACAAAUACUUAACCAUCCUAUUCUCUUCCCUCUCCUGUCCUCUUCCUGUGUUUUGGAACCAAUCUUUUUUCUUCUUCUUCUUCUUCUUCUUCUUCUUCUUCAAUGAAUAAGAAACUGCUGUAUGAACUUCAAGUCAAGGGCUGCAAUUCUCGGCAUUGUGAAAGAAAUACUUUUUUAUCUUUUACAUUAAAUCCAGUAAUUUUAAUAGCCAGCUGAAUUUUAUAUGCAUCCAGAUAGUAAAAGUGCUCCAUCGUAUGUGAGUCCUGACAGUGCAUGAGCAGUGGCCCCAGACUGUCUCAUUGCCUCUAGGUUUGAUCUGCUCUGUACCGACGUUCUUUAUCAUUAAAGUUGUGCCAGCGGACCAAAGCUUCAUGUUGAAAUUCUACAUGUGUUUCCUGGAGCUGCCUGUCUGAUAGGAGGCCUAUUUCAUCUCUCCAUUUUGAAAUAAAAUUGUUUUCAGCGUCUGGCACCUGGAAUGUGAACAAAAGUGUCUUCAAAAGUGAUAUGACAUAUUUUCUGCAUUUUUUUUUUUUGGUGCAAAUGUAACUAAACGAUUCAGACAAUGGCUCUCUUAAUUAAAGAUUCCGUUUAUAGAAGCCGUCUGUGCUCCUAAUACACAAAUGUAAUGACUGUUUUUACCUCAUUACAAAGGUGUUAAAAGCC